GGAUUUCAAUAAUGAGUGUAAUAUAAUUUUUGACUAUAAAUAUCUUAAAUAUAUUAAAAUUUUAGUCCGAACGUUAAUGUUUUAUUUAACUCUGUUAAAAAUUUAAAAUGCCUACGCGUUGUGCAAUUUUUGGAUGUUCCAAUAAAACGUCAAACAAAAAUAUUUCAUUUUAUCGUUUUCCGAAAUUGAAAAUUAAUGCAGCAUCAGAUCUGAAAAUGAAAAUGAAGAGGCAAAGAAAUGCUUGGUUGAAAUCAUUACGCAGACAUGAUAAUGUAGCCAAUACAAAUAUUAACUAUAUGCGUGUGUGUUCUAUUCAUUUCAAAUCUGGUAAAUAAUAAACUACAUAUCUAUUAUUUUUUUAACUUAAGAAUUGCAUUUUAUACUGUUUUAUUUUUUUCUUUGUCUACUGAUAUUACCUUUUUUAUUUAUUUUAAAGGUAAACCAGCAUCAUAUCAUAAUGAAAACGACCCAGAUUGGUGUCCAACAUUAAACAUGGAUUUUAAUGUUUCUAGUGGUAAGACUAUAUUAUUAUACAUUUAUAUCAAUAUUACAAUACAAUGUAGUGGUGAAUUGAAUGACGGUUUUUUUGGAACUAUAUAGUGUGUAAUUUUAUUAUACAUUCUCAACGAGUAACAAGAUAAGACCUACUCAAUCCAUUUAAUGUUUUAGGUAAUAGAAUAAUCACAACAUAGUAACAUAUGUAUUACUUCUGAUGAUGUUCAUGUUUCUAAUCAUACAUCAUCAAUUUUGUUAAAAUAUGUUUGCCAUUAAGUUUUAAUUGCUUUAAGGUAAUUAUGAUUAACAUCCAAAUCAAUAUUUUCAAUUGUAUUAGUGUUUCCAAUACAUUUUUGUAUUUCAUAAUUGAAAAUAAUCAUCAGUUUAGGUAGGUAUCUAUAUUAGAUUAUGGUUUAAAAAUAUGGAUUUUGAUGUAUAUUGAUCGAAAAUCAAUAAACCAAAGACUAGCACGAGUUAAUUUAGUUAGUUAAUUAAUACUAGUUAUUCGAUCAUUAUUUUAGAUGACGUUUUCAAGGCAAGGCGCCAUCGCCGAAUGUUAGUGAAACACCGAUUCGAUACAAUCGGAUGUCCGGUAUACCUAUAUUACGCAUACACAUAACGGUUAUCAUAAUUAAUUACAUAGGAUAAUAAAUACAAAAAAAUAUCCAAAUAGUGAAAGAUAAUUGCAUGAUAGAGUGAGGAGAAGAUACGCCAUAUUGUUUGAUUUCGAUGGUAAUAUUUUUCCUCCGCGUUCAAGACCCAGUGCAGCCAUACCGUCGACGUUAAACAUACCGUGCUUACGUUACAAACGUUUUAAUCACAAUUUAUCUAAGAUAUAUCUUAGUCCGGACUCCGGGGUUACAAUAAUUCGAGUUGCGUCGUGAAUUCGUGACGUUGUCCACGACCGUUGGCAUCGUGACGUUUUACGCGUUUAUUUUUUAUUCCAAGAUUUUUUUGUUUUUUUUUUUAUUUUAUUCCCAUUUCAAAUUUUCCAAUUCAAUUUCAAAUCUUGCACCAACGUUUUAAAUAUUUCAUCCAAAUUGUUCGACGAAAACGCGUAUCCGAAUUUUUGUAAACACCAUUCGAGACUGCGAUUGAUAUUGGUGGUGAAUAAUAUAUUAUUACCACGUACAUCUAGCCAGAAUACUAAGGUAAAUGUGAAUUUUUGAGUGUAACAAAAACGAAGCGAGAGAGUGAGUGUAUUUAUGAGAGAGAAAUUGAUAGAGCAAGAAAUUCAAAUACCGUCAUGGAGGAAAAAACUUGUUUUUAUAAAAUCCUAUACCAUGUACGACGAGUACGAAUGAUGUGAUUUUUCGCUCGUCAAAUAAUUUCAUAAUUUUACUUGAUUUUCCAUUUCCUCGACAUAACACGAUUAUACGAUCUUAUCGAAUUUUGUCCGUUACAUUAGGUUCCGCCCGUAGAUGAUCUAUUUCGCACUCUUAGUCUGUUGAUUGCGCGUUCCUUUUAUUUUACGUUUAAUGUUUUAGAAAACGACAUGGCUAACGAUAAUCCAGAAGAUUUGAAAGAUUGCAAACGACCAGGCCCAUCUGCGAAUCCUGAACCGAUGGCAACAGACAUCAAUGAUCUAAUUCAGGAAAAUGGUAAGCAUUUGUCACCUAUCUGAAAACAUUUUAUAUUGUUUCGAAUCAUCCAAUUUUUGUUUUUUAAAUUCAAGGUACAUGACUUAGAAUUAAUAGUUUAAAAUUUAAUAACAACCUGUUCGAAUUGGACAUAAUAUAAUAAUAAUAACUAUUCUUAUUAAUUUAUUGAUGCCUCAACUGUCAAACAAGUUGUCAAGGUUCAUUAUAAGGUCAUUUUUAAAUAUAAAAUUAAAUUUUUCUGAAGUCUUUACCCUUUAAAUUGUAGAUUGUUCAUAAUAGGUAAUCUAAUAUCUACAAUAUUUUUUUUUUUUAGCUGAAAAAAUUAGAGUCGGACGUGAUUAUCAAGCAGUAAUUCCAAAGUUAUUGGUACUUCCAAGUAUGUUAUACGUAUUAUUGUGUAUACAAUUUGUAUUAAUGCCUCUGUUUGAUUACAGAACAUAGGCGUGAACGGCUGAACAAAAGAGCAUUGUUAGUUUGGGCUCCAACAGAAAAUAUUUCAGAAGAUAAAUGUAUAAAUCAUAAAUUAUUUAUAUUUUAAAAAUUUGUAUUAUAAGAUUAGGUAUAUCAACAUAACCAUUUUGAUUACAGUAAGUGAAUACAUACUAAUAUCAAAAGAUAAAUUCGGUUACAACAGCGAACAGGCUCUAGGUAUGCUGUUCUGGCAUAACCAUGAUAUGGAUAAAGCUCUUAGUGAUCUAUCAAAUUUUGCUCCUCUACCAGAUGAUUGGUCUGCUGAGGACAAAGUUACAUUUGAAGGGGCCUUUAAUAAUAUUGGAAAAAAUUUUUUACGCAUCAAACAACUGGUAUUUAAGUGUAUACAAUUUAUAUAUAAUAUUUCAAUUUCUUAAUAUGAACAACUUUGUAGAUGCCUGACAAACCGAUAGCUUCAUUGGUAAAAUAUUAUUAUCUAUGGAAAAAUAAGAGAAAGAAGAACAGUCAUAUUGAUCGACAAGCAAAAAAAUUAGAAAAAGCCCGUUUGACCGAAAAUAGUCAAAAUGGGAGUAGGGAUGGAUCCAGUUCAGCUGAAUCAGAGCCAGACGAUAAGGUAUAAAUAAAUUUAAUUUGUCUUCCACAACAUCCAAACCAUGAAUGUAUACAAUAUGUAUUUGUAGGAUGAGGCAUAAAACUAAAAAGACCUUAUCAAUUGAUACUUAUGUUACUAUUGAACUGAAUACACCAUUAAAUAAAAAUAAGUAAGUGAUACAUUGAAAUAUAUUUGGUAUUGGGUGAACAAUACUGUAUAAAGUAUUAUUGUCAGUCCGAUAAAUUAAAAUUAAAAAAAUACUGUAUAAAAUUACAAUUCUCUAUCCAGUAAAUUAAAAUUUUAAAAAUUCACUAUUGAUUGAAGCGUGAUUUUAAUAUCACGCUUCUCAUCUUAAGUCUUUAUCCUUAGUUUUCAAUCUGUUAUUCUUAGGAGCUUGAGGUAUUCUGACUCAAUCAAUGAACUUGGUCUUGGUUUUUUUUUUUUUUUUUGUCUGGCUUUUGUAUUAUGAUCUCAUGUAAUAUUUGGUCAUCUGCUAUCUAGUCUUCUCUGGCCCAGAUUAUCCUGCUUUUGAGGAUUCUUAUUAUGUCUAAAUCAUUGAAAAUUGCUGUCAGCUCUGCAUUUAUUUAUAAUUCAAAUGUAUUCUCUUGGUUUCUUGUGGGUUCAUAGAUUUUACAUAAUAUUUUCAAUAUAAUCUUUAGAUAGGUUUGGUUAGUGUACAUAGCAUUACUACAUGAUUUUAUUUUUGUAAUGAAAUUUACUGUCUGAUUGAAUUAAGGAAAUUUAACCAUUUCAAUGAAUAAAUAUAUUUGUUUAAUUUAAAGUCAUAUAUAUAUAUAUAUAUAAAUUUGUGAUUUUUUUUUUCAGAGGGAUUUAGGAGAAGGAAGUUCAAGUAAGACAUGUUCAGUUUGUGGAGUUUUUCUUACUACACAAAACCAGACACCAAAAGGUUUAAUGUGUGGUACAUGUUAUGAACAUUUUAGGUAUUAGAUUAAUUGCUUAAUAUUUUUGAACCAGCCUUAUAAAUUAUUUUAUACUUAGGAGAACUAACGGGGGUAUCAGACCAACAUUAGGUCCGCCACGUCCAAACAACCGUCAUUUAAAUGUUGCUCGUAAUAAACGUCAACCACCACGUGGAAUGUAUGUCAAUCACGAUGAUCUUGAAGCUAUUGCAACUGAACCAAGAAGCCAAGGUGAAAAUAUUUUGGUAGCAAUGGAUGAUGAGGUUGUAUCAUUAAAAUGCAAAGUAUGUGAUAAAUGAUACAUUUUUAAUAUUUAUAUUUUCUUUUUUUUUUCGAAUUUGUAUUUUUAAUAAUAGAUACAAUCUAACAAACAAGACAUUGGACAACUGCAACAGCAGAUUAAUCAAGAUGUUGAUGAAUACAGAGAUAAUGAAUCAUUAAUACCAAAUCGUAUAUCCUCUCGAUGGAACAAUGAAGAAGUUAUGCUUGCCAUUCAAGGUAAUAAUAUAGAAAUGAUUUAGUAUAAACAAAUUUUUAUUUAAAAUCUCAACUCGCAAAAAUUAUUGCUUUCAAAAAUAUUUCCUAACUAAUACUUUAAUUUUAAAUAUAAAAGUAAUAUACAUGGUAAAUGUAUCAUAAUUAUCAACAUGAAACGCUUCUCAUAUAUUAUACCUUGUUUUUAAGGAGACAAAAAAGGUAUAAAUAACCUGAACUUCUGAAACCAGUUUUAAAUUAGCUAUAAACUUCUAAACAUAUAAAUAUUUUUUUUGUCAAACUUACAUGACAUUUUUUUAAUGGCACAGAAAAUUGAUAUAAUAAUUGAUCUUGUUGGAGUCACAUACGAGGUAUAUAGAACAAAGGAGAAUAAUCAUAAUAUCACUUUUCUUUUUUUUAAUCCAGGAGUUAUCAAAUCAUCAAAAUUGUUAAUUAAACAUAUAAGAAGUUUUUUUUGUAUCAAUGGGUAUUAUGCUUUUUGAUAAACCAUUUUUAUUUAUGUGUUAUCAAUAUUAUAUAAUGUAUUUAUUUUUAAAAUUUCUACUGUUUUCCCCAAAUUUUCUUUGGAAAAUUGAAAUACAUAUUUUUAUUCAGGUUAAUAUCUAUAAUUACUACUUAUUACAAUAAUAUGUGUUUGUUAAAGUUAAAAUAUUUUAAAUUAUAAUUAUUAAAGGAAGAUAAAAAUAAGUUUUUUUUUUAAUCUGAAAUAAGUUCAAUUCUACAUGGUACAGGUUAUAUGUUUUAAUGAGUUAUGAGAAAUUGAAAAAAAUACACAUCAUGUUACUGGGCCUGACAAUUGUCUAUCUUAGUUGUGUAAUAAAAGUUUCUCGUUUUACAUAAUAAUUUACCUACCUUUAAUAUAUAUUUUCGAAUUUUUAUUGUACAGAUUUAAUGUGUUUUUAUGUAUUGAAGACACUAGUGGAUCCAGCAUCUUUCUAAAGUAUUAGUUUUUUUUGAAAUAUUAAAAAUUUUAUAAAAGUAAUUUUCAUUUGGUACAUAUGAAUGUAGAUAAUUUAGUAUAAUUUUAUGGCGUAACCAGUUUAUAUUAGACAUGAAUAUUCACUUUUAUUAUUAAUUUUUACUAUUCAAAUUUAUUAUUUAGUUUUAAUACUAUUUAAUAAUCAUAAAUAUUCAAAAUAUAGUGUUAAAAAAAAUUGCUAUGCAAAGUGCCUGUUUAACGCUAAGUUCUUUUAGUAUUUUUAAUAUUUAAUUUCUAAUACUUUUAUCGUCUUUUGCAUUAUAAACCAUUAAUUUAUGUGUAAAUCAAACAUGAAAAAUCUAAAUUUUAGGCUGAUAAAUCAUUAUGAAAAUCAAACAACUUUUAUACACAUACGGUGGACAAUUAAAGUAAACUUAGCCCAAGUUACGCAUCUAUUUUAAGUAUCCUAAUAUCUCCAUAAAUAAUAAUUUUUUUUACCUUAAUUUGUCUAAAAUAAUUUGAAGAAUAUUUACUUUUUUGUUGUGUUCUCCUUUAAACAAUGUUUAAUCUAAAAUAGUUAGGAUGAUGUCAAUUGCCAAUAGUUGUGGAUUAGGAUAAUCGCCUGAAUGUAUACAUUUAUUACUUGUUCUAUACUACAUCACAAUUUCAUAAUAUAAAUAAUACAAUUUCAGAUUAGAUUUCAAUUAUAAUCUAGAUACCUUUCAAAUACAAAUUAUUUAACUAGGUAAAUAUUGUAUUUUAGGUUAGUCUUUUCUUAUUAUAAAAUAUUACGCCUAAACAAUUUUAUUUUAAAAGUUUGGUAUUCAAGAUAUUAUUAUUGCAAUUCGACUAUCUACAAGUAUGCAUGCCUUUGGAAAUUCAGUACUGGCAAUAUGUAUGUUAGGUUAGUUACGAAACCUAACUCUGAUAGAAUUUCUGCUUAUUAUUUAUAAGAGACACAAUGCAAAAAAAACUUUUUAGGGCUUGAUUAUGCAUAUAAAAUAGGCAUUGCUUACAAUUCAAAACAAAUGCUAAAUAGGAUACAUGAAGGUAGUAUAUUUUUAUUUAUUUAAAUUUCACAUGGUAAUUGAUAAUUAUUAUAUUAAUUAAAACAUAUAAAUCAUAAUAUUUGUUUAAUUUGUAAAGUCCCCCCUCAUUAUUCCAAUGAAAUAAGUUCCUAGAACACCUAUAGAUACAGUGGAAGUAUCUUAUUGUGAAAUGUUUUGUGUAUAUUUAAAUUAUAGGUCUGUCUAACUAAUUUAUUUAUGGCCCACAAAUUACUAAAUUUGGUAACAUAAUACUGUAUACAUUUUACUUAUUCUAGAGUGGAAAAUAAAAAAAGUUUUAUCAUAUUCCCACAUAGUCAUUGGAAAUAUCAGUGCUGCUUUUCCAAAGACAUGAUAAUCUUAAUAAUUGAAUCAAUUGCUCCCACCAUUUGUACACCGGCUGUCCUCGCUUAACCUAACCUGCCCUUUAAAUAUCUUUGACUUUUAAUAUGACAAUUUAUUCCAUUUGUUGUAUUUUUAUACAGCUUUGUGGAAGUAAACCCAUUUAUCUUAAUUACCUUUUCAUAUUACUAAUAAAAAUAUGAAAUUAUUUGAAGUUCAAUAUUUAGAGUAAUUCGAGAAAAAGUUUUUAAUGUAUUAAUUUCCUAAUACGAUGGGGUGAUUUAUUUAUCAUGAUCAAUUUUGCACCAUUCUCUAAUUUGAUCUAAAUUAUAAAUUAUUAAAACCCAUAAAAGAUAAAUUCAAUAAUAGUGGUAUGCCUAUUAACAUUUUAAGAAAAAUCAUUUUUUCAAAAUCUGUGUUUAAAAGGUAGUUAUCAUUUGAAAAUCAAAUGUUAAUAUUCAUUUAAACUUUUCAUUGCUCCUUAUACUUAAGUAUUAUAUUUUGAAGUUUAAACAAUUCCAUAAUUGUAAAACAGAAAUCAAAAUAUCUUAAUAAUUUUUUAAAAAUUAGUAUUCACUUUAUUUCCGAUUUUAUAAUAUGUGAAAAAAAAAAAGUAGACAAUUGCUAUAAUUAGAACAGAACAGUUUUGCAUCAAGACAUUUUUGAUUAUAAAUUAUUUUUUUAGGAAUGCGCAAGUAUGGAAAAAAUUUCAAAAUUAUUUCUGAAAUAUUGGGAACUAAGACUCAAACCCAUUUGCAAGCAUUUUAUGUUCAUUAUCGUAAACGUUACAGUCUUGAUGGAAUACUCAAAGAGUAUGAAAGAGAACACCAUAUAAAUGCAGAAAUUAUUGAACUUAGCGAUGAUGAAGAUGAACAGGUUGGUAAAUUUUAAAAACUAAAUGAGAUAUGUGUUUCCGAAUUGUUUAUAAAUUAUAAAAUGUAUGAUUCAUUUUAUUAUGUAUCCUAGUAAAAACAUUUUCUCGAUUUGCUUUUAUUCUAUAAUUAUUAAAUGCUGACAUAGUCAUAGUAACUUUUAUAAAUAUUAAUAUGAGAUCAUAAUAUGCCAGAACUACUAUAUUUAGAUUUAACUAAACAUUUUCAUAAAAUUGCACCUAAGAAAAAAAAGUAGUAUAAAAUAGUCUAGAUUUUCUCUACUUGGAUUAUUUUAAUACACACUUUGUCAAAAGGUUAAUAAUUUAAACAAGCUUAUUUGUAUAAUACUAUUUUGAUUAUAUUAUGCAUAUAAUUGAACUGUAUCAACUCUAUUGUAUUUUUCUUUUUUCAAGAGUUCAAAAAUUAAUUAGAUUAGAUUAUAUACUUUUAUUAUUAUAAUCUACAGAGCUAAAGUUUAAAUAUGAUUUUGUCUUUGUAAUUUAAAAAAAUAUUUAAAACAUUUAUCAUUGCAUACCAAUUAUAGUAACAAAGAUAUAUAAAGCUGAUAAAAAUUUCACUAUAUUAAUAUUAGUUUUAUUUAGAGAAUUAGUCCUGCUUAGCCUUGGCAGUGUACAGUACUUUUAGAAAUAUUAAUUAGGUACAUCAUGCUAAUUAUUCACCAUAAUAUAUUUACUAUUGCAGUUUUUUUUAUCUGCUUAAUCUCUUUUCAAAAAAAAAAAAAUUGUGUCCUUGUCAUCAAGGUAACUCAUGAGUAAACAAAAAUUCUAAAAUCUAAAAUCAAGUGUCCUCCAUUCUUUAAGUGUUGAAUUUUGGAAUAAAAAGUAUCCUUAAUUAUACCACAGAAAGUACUCUACGUUGCAGUGAAAGUCCUAUCGAAAUUGGUUAAGCUGUUUCUAAAAUUAGCCAAAUGGGCAGGCAAACAUUUUAAUUUUAAUUAUUUAUGCCUAUAGAUAUAUUUUUAUAUUAUAUAAUUACUGUGUACUAUUAAGUUUCUUAUCAAACUAAAACUACCUGUGAGCAGCAGAGUAAAACAAUAAUCAAACUAUAGUACUAUAUGGAAAAUUUAAAAUUUGAGCAUUCUAAUGGUAGGGAGGGGAAGAUUUAAAAUUAAAAUCCUCAAAGAGCACAUUUCUAAUUCUGUUGAUACCACGCAUAUAUAAUAUUUUCCUAGUUUUUUCAUAUGGAGGUGUGUAGACGUGUUCAAAGUUAAAAUACACCCUACUUCUUUUAAGUAUCAUAUUGAAAUCCAAUUAAAUUUUUAUCAUGCUAAUCCGUGAAUUAGUUUCUGAAUUUUUGCUCAUUAAGGAUGCAUCUAGAUAUGUCCCAAAGUAUAAGGAAAAAGGAAAUAUGUACAAUAAAAGACAAUUUAAUGCAAUAGUCUGUAUUUUUGGAGAAAAUUUGACAAUAAACUUUUGAAGUGUAGAGGCAAACUAACUUAACAAUAAUUUGUGGGGUGUGCACUAUUAGACAGGACAUUGUGUUUAGUUUUUUACUAGGAAAGUUUUAUAAAAUAAUUAAUUGUUUAAAUGUGUAAGUAUAAUUUGUUUGUAUAUACAUUUAUAAUUUUUUAAAUUUUCUUACACUAAACUAAAUGUUUAAAUCUUUUAUAAUGUAACACUGGCGUUUGUGAAAUAUUAAUACAUUAAAUAAUCUUUUUAAAAAUUUAUAUAUAAUAUUUAUAAUAAACAAUAUAAAAUGCUGCAACGUUUAGAAUAAUUUUUGAAGCAUUAUCAUUUUUCCAAUUGUUUUAUUUAGAUGUCACUCAAGAACAUUUUUUGUAUUUAAUUAAUUAGUAUUUCCAUUACUUACUCUUAAUCACUAUAAAUUAAAAGUUUUCUUUUUGUCCUCAGGUCACUAAAAAAAAUGAAUCUAUGUCUACAGUGAAUAGACCUAAUACACCAUCAUCCAUGGCUUCAGGAAGUCGACUCAUCAAUAAACUUUCAUUUUCUAAUCCUAAAGCACACCAAACAGCUACUGCUGCUAAAUGAAACUCGUGAUGUAUUAUCUAUACUAAUUUUCACUGCCUUUUAUCCCCUUAUCAAUUUGUUCUACUUAUGUAAUAAAAAACAUCAAACAUCAUACAUUUGUUGAUGUUAUGUGAUGUGUAUAAAAUAUUAUAUUCUCUUAAAUUUAAAAUUAAUAGAUUUAUUUUAAAACCAAAAUUUCCUUUAACCUGGAGUUACUUUUAUUUUGUAAGUAUUAUAAUCAUUAAUAUUAUUGCCGAUAACAUUUUUUUGUUUGUAUACAUUUAUUUUUUCAACAAUAUUAAUUAUUUUUUUUGAAAAAAAACACAAUUUGUGUAAGUAAAAUUAGUAUUUUUCAUAUGUAAUAAUAAGUUGAAUUUGUAUAGUUUGAUUGUAAAUAUUGAACCAAUUAUAAUGAUUACUGUAUUUGAUGUUGAUUUUUUU